UUCAAUGGUCAUCAAUCAAUUAUACUUAAAUAAAUUGGACGGUAGACUAGUCAGGCCUGAGGGAACAAAUUUGUACUUGUAAAAUUAAGCUAACUUUGUAUCCCGUUCACUAUUUUUAUGUCCCAUAAGAUGCUCAAUUAACGAGUUUGCCAAUUAAGGAGGGAAUAAGUAAAUUCAAGAUGUCUGCCAUUUUUUGGGGUCAGAAAUCACAACCGUACAUAGGUGACAGAUCUCUAGGUUUAAUAAAAAUGAGAUAGUUUAAUUUUCUAAAAAAAAAAAAUUCCUCGUACAAAAUACUGAGGAUAUUGAUAAUUCCAGCCAUUCAAGAAAACACAGUAAAGCUAACUUAAAUUACUGAUUCACAAACACAUUUGACCUAAGUUUAGGUAAAGGUUCAUGGGGGUUUGAUUUAAGAAAACAAAAGUUAAAAGGAACGACGUGUAAUUGGAAAAUGACGUCUUCCCUAAGGAAUCUUUCGGAAUAUUACUAGAAGACCAUAGUAGAUUCCAGUUUGGAAAAAGGAAGAGUGAUGUGAAAAUAGCUUUUCAGAACAUAUGUAUAUAUGUUUGCCCUUUUCCUCCUCAUCGCUUUUCUUUUUAUAAACUCUAAUGGGCCGAAGCAAGCACGGGCUUGUGGAAUAGAGAAAUACUCUUUGUAGAGUUGUUGGGCCGUGGCCCAGUAUCCAUGCAUAUGGAGCUACAAUAUUCAACUCAUAUAUGGGCCUGCAUUGACCCGAAUGAAUAUGCUCGUCUAGUUUAAGAGACGGCGGUGAAACCCACCGAGACCCAAGAAGAUAAUCAAGGCACGAAAAGACUGGGCAGCUAACGGGAGCUUAGGUUUCUCCAUGGGAAUAGUAGCACAAGCGGGGAGAAGUUUAGGUUCAAAAAACACACCCGCAAACCCAUCCACUCGUCCAACCAGAUCCAACUCAUACGUAUUUAUUGUUAAAAUGAAGGUUUUGGGGUUUCUUUUGUACAACUCACAUCUUUUGGGUUUGGUUUGGAUUUCGGAUUACACAACCCGUAGAGCCCGACCCAACCCGUGUUCCAACUAUUGGUAUGAGUUUGUAUCCAAAAAUAUUUAUGUCGUAUAUAGUCAUACUUAUGAGAAAAUUAAGAUAUUUUGCCAUAUUUUUCUCUCAUGGUCUCCCUAAUCUAAUGCAUUCUUUGACUUAAAGUUUAGACAUAAGUUUAAUAUAGUUAUGAUUCACAUAAUUCUUUUUCUUUUGUACAAUUUUAAUAGAAUAACAUUUUAUGGAUGCGUUCAUUUAUAACUUUUUUAGCCUAUUUCAACAAAUGUCGUGAAAAAAGCUAGACAUAUGUUGAAGUAAAUCAUAUUUUAUUAAAAUUCAAACAACAUUUGUGAAUUUUGAUACCUUUCACCUCGUUUUAUUCAUUUGAAAUUUUAAUUAGUUAUAAAAUAUUUUUAUGGUUUAGAAUAAUUACAUAUUUUGUGUUCGGUUGGGGUUUACUUAUAAAUAUCGCCAACCCGACCCAACCCAAUUAGAAACAAACAGUAGGGUUUAAACUUUUUUGGGUGGGUUUGAGUUUAAUAUUUCCCAAACCGUAGUGCAUGGGUCGGGUGAUUAAAAUGGCUAAACAUGAACCACCCGACACAUGUACACUCUUAGAGAAGUUAGAGUGCUAACUUCAUAGGAGUUAGUACCAUACUAACUAUUCUAAUCACCAUUAAUUCGGGUAAUUAGCAUAAAUGGUAACAAAUCUUUGCACUUAGUACAAAACGGUCACAAACCUUUAAUUGGUAACAAUACGGUAACAAAACUUUGAAAUUGUAUAAAAUGGUCACCGCUAUUUAAUUUGUGACCGUUUUGUUCUAAAUGCAAAGGUUUGUUACUGAAUCGUUACAAAUUAAAUGUUUGUCAUGUUUUGAGGUCGGGUAGUUUGUUCGUUAAGUAUAUGACACUAACCACUUGAACGACAUAUAAGGUCAUGUGUUCAUCGACAUAUUUGCUUUGCUGAAUAAGAAUGCCCUCAGUUGACCUUUGAAUUUCGAUACCAAGAAAGUAAGAAAGUAGACAGAGUUUUUUCAACUAAAAAGCAGUCUGGAACCCGUUUGUGAGCCAUUGAAUUCUUUCAUUGUCAUCCUUUAUGACGAUCAUAUCAUUCACAUACAUUAACAAAACCACCAUACAACUAGAGCGAAUUGUAACGGUGAUUGAUCGUUCAAACUUUUGAACUUAAUUUGUACAAAACGGUCACCAAAAGUCUAAUUUGCAACGACAUGGUAACAAAAGUUUGAACUGGUAUGAAAUGGUCACACUGUUUAAUUUAUGACCGUUUUGUUCUAAGUAAAAAGUUUUGUUAUCAAAUGGUUACAAAUUAAAGGUUUGUGACUGUUUUGUACUAAGUGCAAAGGUUUGUGACCAAUUAUACUAAUUACCCUACAUUUUCUUAAGUCAAAUAUGACGGUGGUUAUUAAUGAAGGGUGUGUUUUGUAUUUCAAAAAAUUAAUUAAAAUCUAAAAUAUAUUUUCUCUCUCCUUCUUUUGUUAGUAAUUUUUGGCCUAGAAAAAUUACACGAAAUUCAUUACUUCUUAAAUUAGUAGCGGUUUUGGCUGAUAGUGGUGAUUUUAUUGUUAGUAGUAGUGAUUUAAGGAGUUGUAAUUUAAACCAAUGGAUGAUUUUUGGGUUGAUAGUAGUGUUUUUAUACUAUUCGGUUGCGAUUUUCAUAUAACUAUUGACACUAAUAACGAAAAAUAUAACCAUACCAACAACUACUAAUAUUAAAAAAAAAACACACUACACAUUAUAAUAAAAAUCACUAUUAGUACAUAAUUACUCCAUACAAAUCACGACCAAUAUAUAACUACUACAUAUAAUCAAAGUCUCUUUCUAUUCGGCUUGCAUGAUGCCAGCAAGUCACCCCACCCGAACACGUAGUCGUCCACCGCCGAAGAUCACUUCAGUAUGCCCCAAUAAGUCGUUCCCGCCUCAGCAAUGCUGCAAAGACAUGCACCCAGACGAAUCUUGUUGUUCCCUUCAACUGCUCCAGACAUUGCCGUUUGGAUUUGAUCGACGGUGGCCCUAGAUCUGUUGCACUGGGGCAUGGACAAGCAUUGGGGGAAGUCAGAUCCGAAAUUUACCUCUCUCUACACCGACGGUGAUACGGAUAAUGGAGAAAAAGAUGUCGGCGCACGCCAUCAACGCACUUUCUUCUCUCAUUGCCGCAAGCCUCCUCCGCCGCCAUUGUCACAGCCUGCCUCCUCCAUCGCUAUUUCUGGCUUUCUUCUCCUAUCGCCAGUUGCCAUCAUUGCAUGUCUCUUGGGGCAUCUCGUUCAUGUUCUCCGUCGUCGCACCGAGACUGUUCAUGUACAUAGAGGGGAGAGGGAAGAGAUGGUUUGUGUAUAAAGAGCGGAAAGAGGGGAGGCGGCCCGUGAGUGCGUAGUGGUGGCAAGUGAGGUUUUAUAUUAGAGUUAGAAGUAAUAUUACUAAACUAUCCUUUAUUUAAUUUGACCUUAGGAUUAUCAUUUUAAUCUAAUGGCUCUUAAACAAGUUAGCAUGGUGUUAAUCCCUUAAUAUGUUAGAACCUAAUCCCAUACUAGCACAAGUAGGCUUCAGGUUCUAGUAUCAAUUGGGUUUUCAGUUUCGUAAUUUCCGCCAUAGCAAAGUCGAGGAGACCAAGUUGAUUAGAUAUAUCGGGGCCGACUAAUAAGAGUAUUAUCAUAAUUACUAGUUUGGUAUCCGAUCCAUUGGUUGGAUUGUUAUAUUCGAAUAUAACGUAUUUACGAUGUUUUGAAAUACUGAAUUUCAUAUGAUAAUUAAUGUGAUAUUGAAAUUAUUUUUUAGUUUUUUUUAAAAAUUAUGAUAACCUUUCAUCAAUAACCGAAUAUUAUAUUUUUAAUGAUGCACUCACUUAGUUGUCUAUGGUUGAAAAGAAAAUUUACAUAACAAAAAAAGGUUUGUCUAAGAAAACAUAUAAUUAGUGGCGGAUCCAGAAAUUUUACAUAGGGGUAUCCUCUUUCAAAAAAUAAAUUAAUAAAAUUAAAUAAUUCUUAAAUAAGAAAAUACCCAACUCGUACAAGUUAAAAAAAGUCCAUGUUGUACUUUUAUAUUCUGGAAAAAUUAUAAAAUACACUUGGUGUCUACACUGCUCAACAAAGUUGUCUCAAUAUAUCCUACUAGACAAUCAUUCACGAACUGACACAUGUUCGACUUCUAAAUCUGUUCUUGAUGUAAUUCAAAGUUGAAAAAACACUUUCAACACUUGUCGUACAACCAUAAAUUCAAUACAAAUUAAGGGUAGCUUGUAAUUGGAUUAAGUGAAAAUUGGGUAUGACAAAAAAAAUAUUCAUUAUAUUUUUUUAAUAAAUUAUAUUUUAGAAACUUAAAAAAAUAUAUUAACUACAAUUUUCUCUCUCUUUCUCUCACUUCGAGAAUCUCCAAGCAUACCUCUCUUUCUUUCUUUUUUUUCUCAAUCUUUUCUUUGUUUUCGUUCAGCGAAACUAAUAAUGCUGCAACAAUAAAACAAUAAAUCAAUACCAAUUCAUUAAAAAAACACUACCAUUGCACAAAAACAUCAAUAUCAUUCGAGAGAUAAGAACACUACCAUUUCACGAAACACUAGUGUCAUUGCAGAUUUGACCAAUACCAAUACAUACAAAUCAAUACUAUUACAUGAUAAUCAAUACCAAUGCAAAAAAAAAAAAAAACAAACACUACCACUGCCAUUUCACAAAACAACAAUACCCUUACAUAUAAUCAAUACCAAUGCGAAAAAACACUACCACAAUGAAGAAAUCACUACUAGUGCGAAAAAAAUACAUACCAAUAAAAAAACCAGACCUUCUAUUCUCUAGUCAAUUCCCCCAAUUUCUUUAUGUUUCCGAGUCGUCAUUUAUAGGAGAGGGGAGGGGGGGAUGUCUGUGUGGGGGGUGGGGGUGGGGAGGGGUUGGUUUAUAGUAGAGGCGGAAUGAGGUGGGUGAGGAGGAGGGAGGAGGGAUGGGGGAGGGGAGAGAGGGCGGGCGAGGAAGAAGUUGGAGAUAGGGGAGGUGUUUGUAGGCGGUGGGGUUUGGAUGGGGCAGAGAGAGAGGAGGGAGAGCUUGCAGAGGGUAUAGAUGGAGGGAGAGAGAGUAUAAUCACUACAACAAAUUCGGUCUAUUAGGACAAAAUUUGUAUUUUGUCAUUUUUUGUUUGUCACAAUAGGUACGAUGAUAUGACAAAAAUAAUAUAUGUCCUAUUUGGUAUACCUAACGUGACAAAAAUAUUGUUGACAGAAUAAGACGUCAUUUAAAGU